AGGGGGCGGGGAUAAAACCAGGGGCUUGAAUACCCGCCCAGGCACACGCGAGACCGAAAUCGGGGUUCCUGGGUGUUGGAUAAUCGGGGGCGGGCCGGAGCUCCGGAGGCCCGUCGACCAAGUCGCGGACUCGUCGCACUGGGAUUGGACAUAUGCGAGUGGGAGACUUGGGUCCUGCGCUCUCAAUCGGGGGUCGGGGGUGGGGUGUACUUGGCUUGGUCCCCAGGAUCCGAUCGGCGGACCCCUGACUCAGCGAGGGCUCUAGCGUGACAUGGCUGAAGCACAUCAGGCCGUGGGCUUCCGACCCUCGCUGACUUCGGCCGGGGGGGAAGCGGAGCUCAGCGCCCCGGUCUUGCAGGAGAUCUACCUCUCCGGACUGCGCUCUUGGAAAAGGCAUCUCUCCCGUUUCUGGAACGACUUUCUCACUGGUGUGUUCCCCGCCAGCCCCCUCAGCUGGCUCUUCCUCUUCAGUGCAAUCCAGCUCGCCUGGUUCCUCCAGCUGGAUCCUUCCCUAGGACUGAUGGAGAAGAUCAAAGAGUUGCUGCCAGACUGGGGUGGACAGCACCACAGGCUCCGGGGGGUCCUGGCGGCCGCGCUGUUUGCUUCUUGUCUGUGGGGAGCCCUGAUCUUCACACUUCACAUCGCCCUGAGGCUGCUUCUAUCCUACCACGGCUGGCUCCUCGAACCCCACGGAGCCAUGUCCUCACCCACCAAGACCUGGCUGGCCCUGGUCCGCAUCUUCUCCGGCCGCCACCCGAUGCUCUUCAGUUACCAGCGCUCCCUGCCGCGCCAGCCGGUGCCCGCUGUGCAGGACACUGUGCGCAAGUACCUGGAGUCCGUCCGGCCCGUCCUCUCCGACGAAGACUUCGACUGGACGGCGGGCCUCGCGCAGGAAUUCCUGAAGUUGCAGGCGUCGCUGCUGCAGUGGUACCUGCGCCUCAAGUCCUGGUGGGCGUCCAAUUACGUCAGUGACUGGUGGGAAGAAUUUGUGUACUUGCGCUCCCGGAACUCGCUGAUGGUGAACAGCAACUAUUAUAUGAUGGACUUCCUGUACGUCACGCCCACGCCGGUGCAGGCCGCUCGAGCCGGGAACGCUGUCCAUGCCCUCCUCCUGUACCGCCACCGCCUGAACCGUCAGGAGAUCCUGCCGACUUUGCUGAUGGGCAUGCGGCCCUUAUGCUCCGCCCAGUAUGAGAAGAUAUUCAACACCACGCGUAUUCCCGGGAUCCAAAAAGACCACAUCCGCCACCUCCGUGACAGCCGACAUGUGGCCGUCUUCCACCGGGGCCGCUUUUUCCGCGUGGGGACCCACUCCCAGAGCAGCCUCCUUUCCCCGCGGGCCCUGGAGCAGCAGUUCCAGCGAAUCCUGGAUGACCCCUCGCCCGCCCGCCCCCACGAGGAGCAUCUGGCGGCCCUGACAGCCGCUCCCAGGGACAUGUGGGCCCAGGUGAGGAGGAGCUUGAAGACCCAGGCCAAGGACGCCCUGGAGGCUGUUGAAGGGGCUGCUUUCUUUGUGUCACUCGACUCAGAGCCCGCGGGGCUCACCAGGGAGGACCCCGCAGCCUCGUUGGAUGCCUACGCCCACGCCCUGCUGGCCGGCAGGGGCCAUGACCGCUGGUUUGACAAAUCCUUCACCCUCAUCGUCUUCUCCAAUGGGAAGCUGGGUCUCAGCGUGGAACACUCGUGGGCCGACUGCCCCAUCUCAGGACACAUGUGGGAGUUCACUCUGGCCACAGAAUGCUUUCGUUUGGGCUACUCGGCAGACGGCCACUGCAAGGGGCACCCUGACCCCUCGCUGCCGCAGCCCCAGCGGCUGCACUGGGACCUUCCAGACAAGAUCCAUCCAUCCAUCUCUCUAGCCCUGAGGGGAGCCAAGACCUUGUCUGGAAACAUUGACUGCCACGUCUUCCCCUUCUCCCACUUCGGCAAGAGCUUCAUCAAACGCUGCCACCUGUCUUCAGACAGCUUCAUCCAGAUGGCCUUGCAGCUGGCCCACUUCCGGGACAGGGGUCAAUUCUGCCUGACUUAUGAGUCGACCAUGACUCGCUUGUUCCUGGAAGGCCGGACAGAGACGGUGCGAUCUUGCACGAGGGAGGCCUGCAACUUUGUGAGAGCCAUGGAGGACAAAGAGAAGACAGACCCGCAGUGCCUCGCCUUGUUCCGCGUGGCGGUGGACAAGCACCAGGCUCUGCUGAAGGCAGCGAUGAGUGGACAGGGGGUCGACCGCCACCUCUUCGGGCUCUACAUCGUGUCCCAGUUCCUCCACCUGCAGUCACCCUUCCUGGACCAGGUCCACUCGGAGCAGUGGCAGCUGGCUACCAGCCAGAUACCCGUUCAGCAAAUCCACCUGUUUGAUGUGCACAAUUACCCCGACUAUGUUUCCUCCGGUGGUGGAUUCGGGCCUGCCGAUGACCAUGGUUACGGUGUUUCUUACAUCUUCAUGGGGGAUGACACGAUCACCUUCCACAUUUCCAGCAAAAAAUCAAGCACAAAAACGGACUCCCACCGGCUAGGGCAGCACAUCGAGGAUGCAUUGUUGGACGUGGCCGCCCUGUUCCAGGAGGGACAGCGUCUUAAGCGUGCGUGCAGAGGGUUAGGGGAGGAGGACUUGGGACACAGGUGUGGCUCUCUCCCCUGCCACGCUAGGGGCUCCAGGGCACCCACGACAUCUGCCACCUUUUGACCCCUUCCAGUGGGGAGCUGGUCUCCCCAGGAACUAAGGGGAAGGUCUCUAUGGCUGGGCUGGUGCAGGACAGAGGCAGCCCAUUUGGGUUUGGAAAUCUCACAUCUGGUCCAAUAAAGAUGUGUGAGCUGGG